AUGUCAAAAUUGAGUGAGACAUCACUCCCACCAAUUGAAGCAUUCCACAACUCCUUGACAGAUGAAGAGUUAAGUUCAGAAGAGUAUGAACAUGCGUGCAAGGUGUGGUCACACUUUAAUAUUGCUAAUCUUGAAGAAUAUACAAUGCUAUAUUUACGGACAGAUGUGAUUAUCCUUGGAGAUGUUUUCCAAAACUUUAGGAAGAUUGUACACUCGACUUAUGGUUUGGACCCUGCAUAUUAUUUCACCGCUCCAGGUCUCGCAUUUGAUGCCAUGCUAAAAAUUACUGAUGUACGGCUUGAGUUGCUAACUUGCAGAGAGAUGCACGACUUCUGCAGAAGGGGGAUGAGAGGUGGAUUUGUAACGACACCCCUAAAGUAUUGUAAAGCCAACAAUUAUUACAUGGGGGAGUUAUAUAAUAAGGAGGAGGCAUCAUCCUACAUAUACAACAUAGACAUGAACUCACUUUAUGCCACAGCCAUGUGCCAACCCCUUCCUUAUGGAGGAUUUGAAUGGGCUGACAUUGACGAAUUGGAAGGUAUCUUAGAAGCUGGCGAGGAUUCAGAAUUUGGAGCAUUUUUAGAAGUAACCAUGGAAUACCCUGAACAUCUCCACGAAGUCCACGGAGACUACCCUUUUCUUCCGACUCAAGAAGAAAACGAGGACGGUAAUAUGUGCCUCAUGGCCACUGUUCAUGACAAGACCAACUAUGUACUGCACCAUACUAGUCUACAGCUAGCUAUGAAACAUGGUCUUGUUCUCAAACAUGUACACAGGAUCCUAAAAUUCAAACAAUCAAAAUGGUGUGAGAAAUUCAUCCUUUUGAAUACAGAGAUGCGUAAACAAUCUAAAAACAAAUUUGAAGAAGACUUUUACAAAGGGUUUUCAAAUUCCGCAUUUGGUAGAUCUAUAAUGAAACUGGAUGAUCGUGUCAAUAUUAAGAUUGCGAAGACCAAUCAACAAGUGGACAAGUUCUCAAGAAGUAGACUAUUUAAAGAGUUUUAUGCUGUGUCAGAGGACACCCUAGUCUUCGUCAUGCAUAAACCCAAAAUUAUAUUCAAUACUCCAAUAUACAUGGGUGUUGCUAUAUUAGACAUCAGUAAAACUAUAAUGUAUUCGUUUUAUUAUGACUAUUUAAAACCUAUGUAUGGAAAUAAAAUUAGAAUGGGGUACAGUGAUACAGAUAGUAUUCUAGCCCACAUAUAUACACAAGACUUGUACCAGGACCUAAAAAAUAGUCCAAUCUUCACCAGGCUUGACACAUCCAACUACCCUAAGAAUCAUAUUUUGUACCAGACUGGGAGACGUUUUGGUUUGGGCCUGGCAAAGGACGAAGCUGCUGGAGAUUUGCCAGUAGAAUAUGUAGGGCUGUGCUCCAAAGUGUACAGCAAGAAGAAAUUGAUACUGGAGACAGGACAAAUAGUGGUUUACGGUAUGAAGGCUAAGGGGACACAAAAAUCGAUGUUGCGAAAACAUGUGACCUUCGACGACUACUUCCAAAGUUUGAUGUCUCGAGGGAAUUUUGAAAUGAAGCUCCCUUUUACACGCAUUUCAAGCAGUAGAAUGCAAAUCACUACUGUUACAGGAUUUAAAACCGCUCUACGAUGUCACGAUCCCAAACGUUUCCUUUGCUCUGACGGGAUACACACCCUCCCCUUCGGAGACAAGAGGAUUGAAGAGGAAAAGAAGAAAAUAGAAGAAGAGGAGUCAGAGGCGAGAAGAGAAAAUGAGUAA